UCGUCUCUCUCUCUCUCUCCCUCCCCCCGCCCUCCUUCUGCGAACCAUCGCGGAAACGUUUUUUCGAGUCACGACGCUCGUAUAAGUCUUUGCGGGCGUCGGAGGAGUCGGUCGCGCUUUGCAAACAUCGCGGGCUUUGCUUGUUUUGGCUCUCGUGAGCGCGUGGUUUCACACUUGUCAGGCUCUUAACCUUUGAGAAAGGUCUAAGUUGUAUUUGGAAAUUUCUGCUUGCUGCAGUUAGUGGUUCUUGCUUCAAUCAAGUUGUCAGUUUGCCUAGGUCCCAUGAGUAAUCUCAAGCUUGGCGUGGAUGUCGUGAGUGCGCAUGACCUUGUUCCCAAAGAUGGGCAAGAUUCUUCGGGUGUUUAUGUGGAGCUCCAGUUUGAGGGUCAAAAAUUUCGCACCACUAUGAAAGAGAAAGAUCUCAGUCCAGUCUGGAAUGAAAGCUUCUACUUCAACAUCACCAACCCUAGCAACCUUCGCGACCUUACCCUUCAUGCCCAUGUCUACAACCUCAAUAAAGCCACCGACAAGAAGUCCUCCCUUGGAAAAGUCUCCCUCACUGGGACAUCGUUCGUGCCAUACUCGGAUGCUGUUGUCCUCCAUUACCCCCUUGAAAAACAAAGAAUUUGGUCACGGGUGCAGGGAGAGCUCGGUUUGAAAGUUUUCAUAACAGAUGAUCAUUACAUGACCUCAUCAAAUCCACUGCAUACAAUGCAAUCCGCCAUGAAUGUCAACCCACGUUCAGCCGAACCAAUUCUAAAUCCUUUCUCUGAUGAAAGAGCCGAGUCAAGGGCCGAGUCAAGGCGGACUUUCCGUCACCUUCCAAACUCGGACCGCCGAAAUCAAAAUGACGACGCAUCUGCUGAAGCUCCCCUACCAAAACCAAAGUCGGGGUCUUACGAGAUGAGAUCCGGACCACAGCCUCCAAAUAUAGUCCACACUUAUGCGGGCCCCUUGCCUAUGCAACCGGGGGAGUAUUCUGUGAAAGAAACAAGCCCCUAUCUUGGCGGUGGCCGAAUUGUUGGAGGGCGAGUAAUACCUGCUGAGAGGCCGAACAAUACCUAUGAUCUUGUUGAAAAGAUGCAAUACCUCUUUGUUCGAGUCGUAAAAGCCCGUGAUCUUCCUGCUAAGGACUUAACAGGAAGCCUCGAUCCGUAUGUGGAAGUUAGAGUGGGGAACUAUAAAGGAACAACAAAGUAUUUUGAAAAGAAGCAAAACCCAGAGUGGAAUGAGGUGUUUGCGUUUGCAAAGGACCAGGUUCAGACAUCUGUGCUCGAGGUUGUGGUCAUGGACAAAGAUCUUGUAAUGGAUGACUUUGUGGGUUUGGUUCGCUUGGACCUUUAUGAGAUUCCCACUAGAGUUCCACCUGACAGCCCGUUGGCUCCUGAAUGGUAUAGGCUUGAAGAGAUGAAUGGGGAGAAGAAGAAGAAAGGGGAACUGAUGCUCGCUGUUUGGUAUGGUACACAGGCAGAUGAAGCUUUUCCUGAUGCUUGGCACUCAGAUGCUACUUCGGCAACUGAUCCAUCUUCAGCUAUCUAUGGGCAUACUCGUGGCAAGGUCUACCACUCACCUAAAUUGUGGUACGUUCGUGUUGUCGUACUUGAGGCGCAAGAUCUGCUCGUGUCGGACAAGGGCCGGUUCCCUGAUGCAUAUGUUAAGGUACAGAUAGGUAAUCAGGUGUUCAGGACAAAACCGGUUCAGGCUCGGAAUAUGAAUCCUGUAUGGAGAGAGGAAAUGCUGUUUGUCACUGCUGAGCCCUUUGAAGAUCAUUUGAUUCUUUCAGUUGAAGACCGUUUAGCUUCCGAUAAGGAGGAAACUAUUGGGAAAGUUAUUGUACCACUGAGCGAAGUUCACAGGCGUGCUGAUGACAAAAUGGUGCGUAGCCGCUGGUUCAACCUUUCAAAGUCAACAUCGGCUGCCAUGGAUGCGGAUGCAGGAAAGAAGGACAAGUUCUACAGCAGAUUGCAUCUGCAAGUCUGCCUUGAAGGAGGGUAUCAUGUGCUUGAUGAGUCCACAAAUUACUGCACUGACCUCAGACCGACCGCAAAGCCGCUGUGGAAGAAUUCCAUAGGGGUCUUGGAACUUGGGAUUCUCAAUGCCGAGGGACUCCACCCGAUGAAGACGAAAGAUGGUAAGGGUACAUCAGACACUUACUGUGUAGCAAAGUACGGCCAAAAGUGGGUGCGAACUAGGACCAUAAUCAACAGCCUGAGUCCCAAAUACAAUGAGCAGUACACAUGGGAAGUUUAUGAUACAGCAACUGUUCUAGUUGUGGGAGUUUUCGACAAUAGUCAGAUAAAUGGAGGCUCAAGCAGUAACAAAGAUGUUAAGAUCGGGAAGAUUCGGAUUCGGCUAUCUACUCUUGAGACUGGUCGUGUGUAUACACACUCCUAUCCGCUUCUAGCACUUCACUCUUCUGGGGUAAAAAAGAUGGGUGAGUUACACUUGGCAAUAAGAUUUUCAUGCACGUCACUAUUGAAUAUGAUGUACAUCUACUCUCGGCCACUUCUACCGAAGAUGCACUACAUAAGGCCGUUGACCCCAAUGCAGCUGGACUUAUUGCGUCACCAGGCGGUCAACUUGGUGGCGGCUCGUCUCAGUCGGGCCGAGCCUCCCCUCAAGAGGGAAGUAGUUGAAUACAUGUCUGAUGCACACUCUCAUUUAUGGAGCAUGAGGCGGAGCAAGGCGAACUUUUUCAGGCUGAUGUCAGUUUUCGCAGGAUUAUUUGCUUUUGGAAAAUGGUUUGGGGAGGUGUGCAAAUGGAAAAACCCUGUGACUACCAUCCUUGUGCAUAUUCUCUUUGGGAUGCUCGUGCUGUUUCCAGAGUUGAUCUUGCCAACUGCUUUCUUGUAUAUGUUCAUAAUAGGUCUUUGGAAUUACCGGUAUCGGCCUAGACAUCCCCCUCAUAUGAACACGAGAAUAUCUUAUGCGGAUGCUGUUCAUCCAGAUGAGCUUGAUGAAGAAUUUGACACGUUUCCGACCACUCGAAGCCCGGCAGCAGUUCGAUACCGCUAUGAUCGUUUGAGGAGUGUCGCAGGAAAGGUUCAGACCGUGGUAGGUGAUCUUGCAAGCCAAGGCGAGCGAAUCCAAGCACUGUUGAGCUGGCGUGACCCUCGCGCCACAGUCAUCUUCAUACUAUUUUGUCUCGUGGCAGCAAUCGUGUUGUAUGCAACACCUUUCCAGGUUGUGGCUAUUUUUGUCGGGGCUUAUGUCAUGAGGCACCCUAGGUUACGACAUAAGGUGCCCUCUGCGCCUAUCAAUUUCUUCAAGCGACUGCCUGCUCAGACAGACAGUAUGUUGUAAAUAGAAGUUUGGUUUUGGACUCUCGAGGUCUUUUCCUUCAUUGGGACUACUGUUCUGCUCAGUUUUUCGUACAAAAUUAUGCAGUACUGUGUAAGUGUUUCUUGUGUUUCUGUGAAUUCUUGUUUGCUUAUUCUAGCUCUGUAAUCUUAUACUGGCAUUGUUGCAAACAAGUCAAUUAUAAUGUGUUCAUAUUUCAUCC